AAAAUCUGCGCCUUGCACAGAUCAGUGGGCACGAACGAAUAUACGAUCGCCAUCGACGACCAGGAGCUUCAAUUUGAAUCUGAUUACUCUGUUUGGGAUCAGGAUCAGGAUCAGGAUCAGACAUGGCUUUUGUAGUAACAUCCGUAAUAUUCGCUGUGGUCGGCAUCAUUGCUUCGAUUUUCACAAGAAUCUGCUUCAACCAAGGCCCCUCCACCAAUCUGCUACAUUUUACAUUGGUCAUUACAGCCACUGUCUGCUGUUGGAUGAUGUGGGCAAUCGUAUACAUUGCGCAGAUGAAGCCUCUCAUUGUUCCCAUCCUAAGCGAGGUAGAGUAGACACACUCAUCUCUAUUCAAACUCAACCAAAUGCACAAACUUGAGUCACUACUCUUUCUAUCUAUCUUCUUCGCUUUUGUAAUUCUUGUUUGCUGCGGUGUGGAACAACAAUACCUUUUCCCCCCACUCUUUACAGUUGAGUCUUUUGUCUCUCACUCAUUUCUGAAACAUUCUAUACUAUGCUCAAAAGGUUAAUGCCAAAGAGUGGGUGUGUAUCAUUUGUUGAUGAAAUAAAAAAUCUUUGAAAGAAUA